AUGAUUGACUACCUCAUCACUGUGACGGCAAAGUCGACAUGGAAAAAGUUCCUCGAGAACCCUAAGCUCCUCCAGGGCAUAAGCGAUGGGCGGAUCGUAGGCGACAGCCGCACCCUCUUCGACAACCUGUCUAAUACGUACACCGGCCGCUGCACCUCAUUCGCGCUCAACUGCGUGCGGGACCUGGAGCGCCUCAAACCAGUGGGUCCAGCAGGUGAGGGCUACUGGGACUUCAAGUUCUACGACCUAAAGGGUCACCGCGUUGCUCGUUGCGAGAAAACGGGCGUUCUGAUUGACUCUUCGUCUAAGAGGGGGGCGUUUGUAUUGGAUGAAGGGCCCUGGACGAGUUUAGAUGCGGAGGACGAUCAGCAGUGGAGGUUUCUCAAAGGAGAGUCCAAGUUCCUAGUCGAAAGAGGCAACAGGCGUAAAACAUCUGCGGAUUUUGGGCCGAUAUCCCCGGACCUGUGCAUGACCACGUGCUUGCGCGAAAUCGCCCAAGAUAAGCGAUACAACAACAUUCUCUGUCUAUUCCGACAUUUCGAUGAGACAACUGGCAUCGCCAGCUAUUACGGCAUGGUCAAAUGGGACCUUAGGCUGGACAUGAGACAACUUGAGUUGAUUUACAACCUGAGUGACAGAAACAAUAAGGCGAUCAUCAAGUGGGACGGUAAAGGAGACGAAAACUCUGACAAGGCUUGCAGGGACAAACUUUUGUGGUUUAUUGCGACGUACGGUGGUCCCAAAGAAGAUAGUGGAACCAGACAGUGGUACAACGGUUGUUGGAAUAUUCUAGAUAUCUAG